AUGGAGGCAAGUGUUGGAAUGCUGGCUGGAUCUCACAAGAGGAACGAGUUUGUUCGAAUUCGGCACGAUUCGGAUAGUGGGCCCAAGCCGAUGAAGCAUUUGAAUGGACAGAUAUGUCAGAUUUGUGGAGAUACUGUUGGAUUUACUGCUACCGGUGAUGUAUUUGUUGCCUGCAAUGAGUGUGCCUUCCCAGUUUGCCGGCCUUGCUAUGAGUAUGAGCGGAAAGAUGGAAAUCAGUCCUGUCCCCAGUGCAAGACUAGAUACAAAAGACAGAAAGGAAGUCCUCGAGUUGAAGGUGAUGAUGAUGAAGAUGAUGUUGAUGACCUGGAGAAUGAGUUUAAUUAUGCUCAAGGAAACAGCAAAGCCAGACGCCAGUGGCAGGGAGAAGAUGCUGACCUCUCUUCAUCCUCUAGGCAUGAAUCUCAGCAACCGAUUCCCCUUCUUACAAAUGGGCAGCCAGUAUCUGGUGAAAUUCCCAUUGCUACACCAGACACGCAAUCUGUACGAAGUACCUCAGGUCCUUUGGGCCCUAGCGACAAGCAUGUUCACUCACUUCAAUAUAUCGAUCCAAGGCAGCCAGUUCCUGUGAGAAUUGUGGAUCCUUCAAAAGAUUUGAAUUCUUAUGGCCUUGGCAAUGUGGACUGGAAGGAAAGGGUAGAAGGUUGGAAAAUGAAACAGGAGAAAAAUAUGAUGCAAAUGACCAACAGAAACAGUGAAGGGAAAGGAGACAUUGAAGGCACAGGGUCAAAUGGAGAAGAAUUGCAAAUGGCUGAUGAUGCUCGCCAACCUUUGAGCCGUGUGGUGCCUAUUUCUUCUUCCCACCUAACCCCUUACCGUGUAAUAAUCAUACUUCGGUUGGUUAUCUUGGGCUUUUUCUUGCAAUACCGGUGUACUCAUCCAGUGAAUGAUGCUUAUCCCUUGUGGCUGACAUCAGUAAUUUGUGAGGUUUGGUUUGCAUUCUCGUGGCUUCUGGAUCAGUUUCCAAAGUGGUUUCCCAUCAAUCGCGAGACCUAUCUGGACAGGCUUGCGUUAAGAUAUGAUAGGGAAGGUGAGCCUUCUCAGUUAGCACCGAUUGAUGUAUUUGUCAGUACAGUGGAUCCCCUGAAAGAGCCUCCUCUGGUUACUGCCAACACUGUAUUGUCCAUCCUUGCCGUGGAUUACCCUGUCGACAAAGUCUCAUGUUAUGUUUCAGAUGAUGGUUCAGCAAUGUUAACUUUUGAAGCCCUCUCUGAGACGGCAGAGUUUGCAAGGAAAUGGGUGCCCUUCUGCAAGAAGCACAACAUUGAGCCUAGAGCCCCUGAAUUCUAUUUUGCUCAGAAGAUAGAUUAUCUGAAGGACAAGAUACAGCCUUCUUUUGUGAAAGAGCGCAGGGCCAUGAAGCAAGGUAAACUUCUUGUUCCACAGAGAGAAUACGAAGAAUUCAAGGUACGAAUCAAUGCACUUGUUGCUAAAGCACAAAAGAUGCCUGAAGAGGGCUGGACGAUGCAAGAUGGAACUCCUUGGCCCGGAAAUAACCCAAGGGAUCAUCCAGGAAUGAUCCAGGUGUUCUUAGGGCAUAGUGGGGGCCUUGAUACAGAUGGGAAUGAGCUACCACGCCUUGUUUAUGUUUCUCGUGAAAAGCGUCCAGGCUUCCAACAUCACAAAAAAGCUGGAGCUAUGAAUGCUUUGGUUAGUGAUCCCCAUAGCUGUUGUGCACUUAGCAAUCUUGUCCUGAACAUGAUUUGUAAUAACAAAGUUGUCUGCNAUGAGGACAAGACUGAGUGGGGCAAAGAGAUCGGUUGGAUCUACGGUUCUGUGACUGAAGAUAUUUUGACUGGGUUCAAGAUGCACGCACGGGGAUGGAUAUCAAUCUAUUGCAUGCCUCCCCGUCCAGCAUUUAAGGGGUCUGCUCCCAUCAAUCUUUCUGAUCGUUUGAACCAGGUCCUUCGAUGGGCUUUGGGAUCAAUUGAAAUUCUUCUGAGCAGGCAUUGCCCAAUAUGGUAUGGCUACACUGGAAGACUGAAGCUUUUGGAGAGGAUCGCAUACAUUAACACCAUUGUCUAUCCCCUCACCUCUAUUCCACUGCUUGCUUACUGCAUACUUCCUGCAAUCUGUCUUCUUACUGGAAAGUUUAUCAUUCCUCAGAUUCGAGUUUCUGCCGUCCUUACCAAUGGUGCAUAUCUUUUGAAUGUCGAUUGUGAUCACUACUUUAAUAACAGUAAAGCUCUUAAAGAAGCUAUGUGUUUUUUGAUGGAUCCUGCCCUUGGAAGGAAAACUUGUUAUGUUCAGUUCCCCCAACGGUUUGAUGGCAUUGACUUGCAUGAUCGAUAUGCAAAUCGCAAUAUUGUCUUCUUUGAUAUCAACAUGAAAGGGCAGGAUGGCAUUCAGGGUCCAGUCUACGUGGGAACUGGAUGUUGUUUCAACAGGCAAGCUCUGUAUGGGUAUGAUCCAGUCUUAACGGAGGCAGAUUUGGAACCAAACAUUAUUGUCAAGAGUUGUUGUGGCUCAAGGAAAAAGGGAAGGAAUGGCAACAAGAAGUACAUUGAUAAGAAGAGAGCAAUUAAAAGAACUGAAUCCACCAUUCCCAUUUUCAAUAUGGAAGAUAUUGAUGAGGGUGUCGAAGGAUAUGAUGAUGAGAAGUCGCUUCUUAUGUCUCAGAAGAGCUUAGAAAAGCGGUUUGGUCAAUCUCCGGUGUUUAUUGCUGCCACCUUCAUGGAGCAGGGAGGGAUUCCACCAACAACUAAUCCUGCAACUCUUUUAAAAGAAGCAAUCCACGUUAUUAGCUGUGGAUAUGAGGACAAGACUGAAUGGGGCAAAGAGAUCGGUUGGAUCUACGGUUCUGUGACUGAAGAUAUUUUGACUGGGUUCAAGAUGCACGCACGGGGAUGGAUAUCAAUCUAUUGCAUGCCUCCCCGUCCAGCAUUUAAGGGGUCUGCUCCAAUCAAUCUUUCUGAUCGUUUGAACCAGGUCCUUCGAUGGGCUUUGGGAUCAAUUGAAAUUCUUCUGAGCAGGCAUUGCCCAAUAUGGUAUGGCUACACUGGAAGACUGAAGCUUUUGGAGAGGAUCGCAUACAUUAACACCAUUGUCUAUCCCCUCACCUCUAUUCCACUGCUUGCUUACUGCAUACUUCCUGCAAUCUGUCUUCUUACUGGAAAGUUUAUCAUUCCUCAGAACAGUGGAUACUGUUUGGUAAGCCCCAAAUUUUGGCCAAAGGCAUGUAGUUUGGAUCUAGCUGCCAGUGCAUUUGGUAAUCACCUGGUCACCAUAUUCCAAAUACCUGACUACAAGGACUGA